AUGAAUUAUAAAGUAAAAAUCGAUGAUAAGGGCCUCUUACGAUGGGAACGGAAUAACGAACUCGUAGAUACAACCGCUGGUAGGUGGCAAGAUUCUGCAGAUGGGUCAGGGGUCAUUCCGUACGAUACGGCAACUGGAGAAGAGCCUGCCGUCGUGCGGCGUACAAGCUUCGAGAUUAGUCCGCUUCGAUCCAGCUCGUCAUCAUCUAACGUUUCGGCUGGAAGUCAGGAUAGUCGAAAUGUGACUCAUUAUGUUGAGACAAGUAAAAAGCGCAACCCCGUCCAACGCUGGAUAACAAGGCAUCUCACCGUCAAGGGCUGGACUGAGCUACUUCUUAGGAAGACUGUACGAAGAAAUACUUGGAUCUAUGUUGCUGACCGGCAUUGUUCGUGUUGA